ACGACCGACGCCAACAACCACAGAGCAGGGCGUGACGUUACAGAAGAAAGCCCAUGGCGUGUCUGAAAACCUUCCCUAAUCUUCACCGCCCUCGCUUACCCUUCAGAUCCCUCAGCUCUUCCCCUCGGCUCUUUUCCUCACAUCAUCUCCGCCCCUCCGCCACGCUAUCCUUCUCCUCCUCCUCCUCCCCCAACACCGCUGCCAUGUCUGCCGUCUCCACCGUCGAGCACGUGGUCCUCUUCAAGAUCCGGGAGUCCACUGAACAGUCCAAGAUCGAUGCCAUGAUGUCCGGCCUGCGAUCCUUGGUCUCCCUCGACGUCGUCAGCCACCUCACCGCCGGUCCUAUCCUCCGCCACCGAUCCUCCGCCGCCUCCGCCGCCGGGUUUACCCACUUGCUUCACAGCCGCUACCGAUCCAAAGAAGACCUUGCCACCUACUCCGCCCACCCCGCCCACGUGGCUGUCGUCAUGGAGCUCGGGCUCCCCAUCUCCGAUGACGUCAUGGCUGUUGAUUGGGUCGUCGAUCUCGAUGGUCCGGUGGUGCCACCGCCAGGGUCGGCGAUGCGGCUCACCCUCGCGAAGCCGAAGGAAGGUGCCACUGCGGAGCUCAUGGAGACCCUCUCCAAGGUCAAGGCCUCUUCACCGGCCGCGGUCAGGCAGGUGAGUUUCGGGGAAAAUUUCUCGCCGGCGAGGGCCAAGGGGCACGGCGUGGGCCUUCUGGCGUUUUUUAGUAGCCUGGAAGAGCUCGAUGCGAUGGAUGCGAGACAGAAGGAUUUGGUUGAUUCGGUUAAAGAGAAGGUCAGGCCACUUUUGGAGAGCUUCAUUGUGCUUGAUUUUGUUCUUCCGCCACCUGACGAUGCUAGCCUUUGAUGCUUUUUCACCCGAAGUCCACAGAGUCUCUCAGUAAUCAAGGAAGCUUCUGAUGGAUUUUCUGCAUGUUGUCCUACAAAAUAAAGGCAUCGUGUUUGGUUCUUUUCCUGAUUUAGGCAAAUAUUAUUUAUCCUUCCUAAAUUGGACUGAACAUUUCGUGUCCAAGAUUGUAAUCUCUGAUGCCCUAAUUCUGGAUCUUGUGCCUGCCUUGUCACCCAUCAAUGGAGGUUGGUUGCAGUUUUUUGUUAGAGAAAUGAAGAUUGCAGCAGGAGAAUGUGAAUAUCAUUUCUUCUGUUUUACAUAAAAUGAUAUUAAAUGGUGAUAAAUUUUUUGCUCGA